CGUGGGCACCGUCCGGGCGCGUCCGUCACUUCCGGGGCGGGACAGAGCACCGGAAGCGGCGGUUGCCCGGUAACCGUUGCUCGGCAACGGCGCCGCAGCGCAGCCAUGGCGGAGGAUGAGACCUUGCCCGUGGUCACUUUCGGGAGUCUCAUGACCGAGGGAACGGCCCUGAGCCGGCGCGGCCAGCACGACAAGGCUCUGGGCUGCUUCAAUGACGCGCUGAAACUGAGGGCAGGAGACAAGCACUGCCUUAUCACCCGCUCCAAGUGUUUCCUGAAGCUUGGAGACACAGAAAACUCCUUGAAAGAUGCUGAAGCCUCGCUCAAAAUUGACAAAACAUUCCCCGAGGGGCUUUACCAAAAAGCAGAGACACUGUACACCAUGGGUGACUUUGAGUUCGCGCUGGUGUUUUACCACCGAGGCCGGAGGCUCCGCCCAGAUAUACACAAAUUCCAGCUGGGCAUCAACAAGGCCGAGGAGGCGAUUAUCAACUGCCUUGGGAAUCCAUCCGCAGUGAAGCUGGAGAACACGGAGGAGCUGUGCUUCGUGAGCAGGCAGGCAGAGCUGCAGAGAAAAAAAGACAACCAGCAACAGCAGAACAAACCAACUAAGGAUCAAAAACGGACGAAGAAGCAGAGUCCGAAAACAGAGCGACAGCUUCUGGGAGAGCUUUAUGCUGACAAGGCGUACCUGGAGAAGUUGCUCAAGGAUGAAGACUUGAUGCAGAGCAGCACAAGGCAGGGGAUCAAAGUCAUGGACCUGGUUUUGGAUGGCAUCUCCUACCUGAACCACCGCCGGGACUUCUGGCAGCAGCAGAAGCCGAUGUACGCCCGGGUGUACGAGCGCAAGCUGCUGCGGCAGGGGAGGAUGCAGGACAAGAAACGGAAAUCAUCUGACAUUGGCAGAUCCAUCGCAAAGGAUAUGGAGGACAUUGAGUUGUGUCUGGCCAGAGGCUCCGCUGAGGAAAGCUGCAGGAAAGCUGAGCGUAUGCUGAGAAAGAUACAAGGGUGGACAGAGGAGGAAGUUCCCAACAAGAAUGAACUGAUUGGGAACCUCCACAGCUGUAUUGGGAAUGCACACUUGGCAAUGGGGCAGAUGGAGGCAGCUUUGCACAGCCAUAAGAUGGAUCUGGAUUUUGCCAGGAAGAACGCUCUGACGGACGCCGUGUCCCGGGCCCUGGACAACAUCGGCCACGUGUACGCCCGAAUCGGCAGGUUCCAGCAGGCCAUCAACACCUGGGAGGAGAAGAUUCCACUGGCCCAAUCCAGCAUGGAGAAGGCCUGGCUGUUCCAUGAAAUUGGACGGUGCUACCUUGAGCUGGAUAAAGCUGAAGAAGCCCAAGAUUACGGCCAGAAGUCCCUGCAGUCAGCAGAUGAAGACGGAGAUGUGGAGUGGCAGCUCCAUGCCACUGUGCUGGUGGCACAGGCACAAGUGAAAUUGAAAGAUUACCGUUCUGCAAUCAUGAAUUUUGAAAGGGCUCUGGAGAAGGCGAAGCUUGUGCCCAGUGAAGCUGCUCAAAAUGGCAUCAUUGCGGCCUUGGAUAAUGUGAGCAAAAGCUUCAUUGCGGAGCUGAAAAAAAGCCACAAAGAAGCGAUGACGGUUCCCUCACAGCAAGAUCGUUCCAUCAGCAGUGAAAACGUAACAAUUACCAUUGAGAAUGUGGAAGAGAAGGAAAAAGAGGAACAACUCACGGAGAGCCAAGAUGAAAAGCCAAAGGAUUAAAAGCCAAAAGAGGAAGCCAGAAACGAAAUAGAAGCAGAUUGAAACAUUAAAGAGGGGGAAACGGACAAGGAAAUAAAGGAGAGCAGUGGGGGAAAGUAGAGCCGACGGGGGAAGAUUAAAUAAAUAUUGAAUAAGAGCCA